AUGGACGAGCCCUCGUCCGCGAUCCACACCAUCGUCCACAUCGUCAGAUACAUCGCCGCGGCGCUCUCGCUCCCCCUGCGCCUGGCCUGGAUCCCGCUCUCCUACGUCCUGGCCCUUGUCAGCAACCUCCUCGCCCCGGCGGGCUACAUACUAGGCUACCUAGGCGGAUGGGUAGGCGCCGUCGCCGGGCUCCUCGUCAGCCUGGAGUUUAGCGUGGCAGCAUUCAUAGGCGUCAUCGCGGGCGUCCUCAUGGCCGUCGCAUCCGCCGUGCUGACCACGUACUUCAACAUGCAGGACGAGCCGGAGGACACGUCGUCGCAGGGGCAGCGCGAGGCCCUCGCGCACAGCAAGCAGGUGUACCUGGAGCAGCAGUAUCUCCGACAGGAGCCGCAGGGCUUGGAGCCAGACUGGCACUGGGCCGACACGUCGCAGUCGCAGUCGCAGUCGCCGGCGAGGCUGAGGCGCGUGUCUGGGCUGCAGACGGAGACGAUUCUCGAGGAGGAUGAUUCUGAGGAGUGA